AUGAAUAGUUCUUCAAGAGCUAAAGUGUUUGUACAUAGUGACCAGAAAUGGGAGGACAUUUGCGUAGGGUAUGUUUAAAUUGUGCAUACAGAUGGUGCUACUUAUAUCAGAGGGAUAACGGAAAAAUAAUAGAAGUAAUGUAACAAUAUAGUGACACAUUAACAUUUGAAUGUGAACAAGGAGGAUUGGUGCAUAAAUCUGAAGGUGAAUCCAGAAAUCAUCUAUGAGCAGCAGGGCGAUAAUAUAAUCUCUUGGGAGGAAACCGAGUUGAAGUUGUAAAUAGCAAUCAGUUUUAUCGACAACAAGUAUUCAUAGGAGUUUUGGAAUUAAUUGUAAAAUAGUAGAAGACAUUUCCGAUACGAUGAUCCAGAAUCAACGUAUCCUAUAAUACCAUCUCAAUAGAAUUUGGAGGCAGUCUAACUAUGGAUCAGUGAUAAUCCUGAACUCAUAAUAUAGAAACUCACCACUGAUCCCAACAACACUUUUCUGGAGGCCUUAGCAAAGAUAUUCUAAGACUCCGAGACACAACAACAUUUGCAUACUCUGGAACAACUGCAUUAUGUAAUUCGGAAUUUAAUAUAUUUAAAAAACGAGAACGUCCUAAAGAAGUUGCUGAGCGACAAAUUUUACAUGACAUUAUUUGGGAUCAUGGAAUACCAUUCCGAGAACAAGGGGCCACAAAGAGUCUCAUACAGAAAUUUUCUGAGUGAGGAAUUGAAAUUCCACCAAAUAACUGAUUUGGAUCAUGAAAUAAUGGAGAAAAUUCACUUUAACUAUCGAUUGUCCUACUUGAAAGAGAGUGUCAUGGCUUAUUAUCUCUAUCUAGAGGAUCCCAUCUACAACCAAUUCAACUUUUACAUCAAUUCGAACAACCAGUCGAUAUUGGAGAGUUUGUUGUUGAAUCACUAGUCUUAAUUCGAGCAAUAUCUGCUUGGUUUUCUGGAUAAUUUGGAGUUGAAUUGCAAGUUUAUUAAUGAGUUCUUCUUGUCCUUUAAAUAGUUUCUCCAAAUUCAGUCAUUGAAUGAAGCAUUUGUGGCUUGCAUCGGCAAAACCGACUUAUUAAGGGCCUUAUUUUCAAAGACUGUGGAAGUGCAACAACAACAAUUGUGUUUUACAACAUUGUAAUUGACAAUAAUGAUUGGAAAUUCAAAUUCGCAAUACUUCUAAGACUUUUUGAAAUAAAAUCAGUAACUCUUUUGGAAGAGCAUGGAAACCUUGCUUUUCAGUAACAUGACUACUCUUCACAGUAUGAUUAUAGAUAUAAUCCAGUACAUAUGCUAAAAUUAAGCAAUACUCGGGUAAGGGAUAGAUUGGUUGAUGAAAUGUUUUGAUCAGAAAUUGAAUGCAUCAGCAGCUGCUUCAUUAUAGGAGAUUGUCUAACUCAUUUGUUAGCAAUAAAAGACCUUUUCGAAAGAUUUGGCAGUGCUUUCAAUUCAUAUCCUAAACAUUUUGAAACAGUAACAAAAACUAGCCAUUAAGGAUAAAUUCAUGUUAAUGCCAGCCUUGAAGCAUUUUAAAUAUUUGUGCACAUCUAGUUGUUCAUAAAUCGUCAAGCCUUUUUGCGAGUCCUUCAUUCAAAUAACAGCAAGCGGAAAGAUACACGGAAUUUUGGAAGGCCAAAUCAGAGACAUUAUCAAGUACAUCAAGAAUAAUGCCACGCUUAGUCAUUACAUUGUUAUUGAAGUGAAGAAUCUGAAUCUGUAGGAUCACCCUCUGUAUCAAAAGUUGGUCCAGCAAUAUUCGUAUGUGCAAAUAGAGGAUGGGUCGAAAUCAAGGAUGCAAAUGGAGGAUUUAAAGUACUACGAGAAUGACGAUUCGGAGGAAUAGGCUCCUCAACAAUAGACUGUUCAGGUGAUCAGAGAGGUUUACCGAUUGGAUUUCAGUAAGAUUGUGAGACAAAGAAAUGAGGAUGAGGAGGAUGAAGAUGAAGUGAAGGUGAGAGAAACAAAACCAAAGGGAAUAGUGUUUGGGGAUAAUUGUUUUAAAAGAAUAAAAACGGAUGAUGAUGAUGAUGAGAAUUGAUUUUAUCUUAUUACUCAAUAUAAUAACCCCAAUA